CUUUGUAAUCGCUGUAUUAAUAUUUGACAUAAUACAAAACAAGAUCUUUAUUCACUUCCUCGUAAGUCCAAUAGUCCCACAGUAGUAGGGCUUGGCCAAUAUCCACGGUGAAUGGGAACCUUUUGAAACUCCAAAAAGGCGCACACGCCUCUCCCUUAUAAAGCAAGAUUUUUCUGCAGCCGUUUGGCUGGCGUGAUGCGAAAAAUAAACGUAUUAAUCCGCAAAAUCAGCUGAAUCCUUAGUCCUCAUACACAACAGUACAGCUGUUUAGUGAAGAGGAGGCCUUCACCCGUACACGUCACAGCGCCCUCCUCCACAAUGCGAGACCGAACCCGGAAGUUACUCAUUUUCAUGGCGCGGAAUUCAGAAAACGAAAUAAAUAUAGAAAUCGCUUCCACACACAUCCAAGCGGUCCAUAUCAUUCAGGAGCAUAAAAUACCGCGUGUAUUAUGAAAUAAACAUGCUCUUUCGUAUCACAUGCACUUUAAAUCGUAAUAAGAUUAAAUCGUAAAUUGGUGCAUCGUUAAUUUAAAAAAAGCUUUGUGUUGUUAUGUUACCUAUCCUUUUCGAGCAGUGGUUCUUAACCUUGCUAAAGGUACCGAAACCCACGAGUCUUACAUGUGCAUUCACCGAACCCUUCAUAUUUAAUAAAAAAGGAUUUUAUUUCCAAAUUCAAAACCAAUACAGCUAAACUAACAAGCUAAUAUCUAAGCGAAUUCCAGUUCAAAUUUACUACAAAGAACUUUGCCAUUUGCUUUUGAUUUUCAUAUUGGAAAAUGAAACCUAUCAUUUCACAUUGUUCCCUUUUUUUUCUUCAUGUCUACAUUCUUAUUUUGUUGUCGCAUCCUUGUACCACAUGCUAUUUUUACGGCAUAAAAUGACACAAAUGCUUUUUUAUUGUCUACCCAGCCUUUAUGUGUUAUACUUACUCAUACCCAGUGUGAAUCAAUCGUCUCCUGAGCAAACCAGUUUCUUCUCCCAUUAGAUAGAGGGCUAUCAGUUGAAAGAAAUGGAAUAAACCCUGUCAAUUGUGACAAAACCAGUCCAAAACUGAUAUAAAAAUAGGGUCCUGUGUGUCUUAACUAGAGCUGCAGCUAUCGAUUGUUUUACUAGUCAAUUAAUCAAUAAACUAGUUAGUUCGAAUAAUCGAGUAAUCGAAUAGGAACAUAAAAAAUUAAAAUAGCUGAGCUGAGCCUCAAACGGUAUAAAAAAUAUAUAUAAAUGAGGAUCUAUGUACAACAUAAGAACAAUUAGCCAACUUACUUAGCAAAAGUCCACUAGCUUAAAUGCUAUAAGAUGCUAAUGUUUCUUUUCUUUUUCGUUUGGCCUCCGUUAUUGCUAACAAAGGGUACAUAACAAAGUAUUGAGAUGAACUUUUGGUAUUGACUCAAUACUUAUUUUCCACCAUGAUUUGCAAAUAAAUUCUUUAAAAAUCAAACAAUGUGAUUUUCUGUUUUUUUUUUCUACAUUCUGUCUCUCGUGGUUGAGGUUUAACCAUGUUGACAAUUACAGGCCUCUCUAAUAUUUUCAAGUGGGAGAACUUGCACAAUUAGUGAUUGACUAAAUACAUAUUUGCCCCACUGCAUAUAGAAAAUAAUUAAUCGGGAUUUUAUAAAGGAACGACUUUGAAUUUUUUGAUGCCACUGCUCAUGGAGACUCAUAUAUGGCUAAGGUCGGUGCCUGUUUUGGUUUUAGGUCGGUAGCAGCUUUGGUUUUGUAAAUAUUUGAAUUUGUUUUUGAAAAUAGGCCCCCUACGAAUCGGCCCCGUGUCAUGUCAAUAGAUUUUGAAGUCUAUGCUUGUAAAUUUCAGACGUGGGCGCGUGAGACGUCUUCAUGUGUCCUUAUAGUACAGACGUGUCCAUCAAAUGACAUGUCAUAUAAAAAGUUGAACCCUACUGACAUAGCGAGUGGCUAAGGUGUGUAAGGAAGAAGAGCAAAGGCCUUCUAAAAAUGCUUUGAGGAAUGUCGGAGUUAAGUAUUGACAGAAAAGACCUAAGUCUGAGUUUGACGAAUAAUUUCGAAUUGAUUACCUGGAAAAAAAAGGUUAGUCUUGUUGUAGUAAGAUUAGAAGUUGCAGAUCAUUUCUAAUAUGCAAGUACAACACAUCUGGAGACAUUAUUUGUCCAACAACUACAGUAGAUUCGAAGUUUGAAUAAGGGAAUAAACAGCCUGAUAUCCACUUAAAAAACUGACCUUGGCCAAAGGAGUGCAGGCCAAAAGAUAUUUUAUAUUUUAUUUUUUUUACUUUCCAUGUUCUGUUUUCCUGACAGAGGCUUUCCAUGGUGUGCAUGUACACGUGUGUGUGUGUGUUUCCUUUCCUCUGCCUAACAAUGCUGCUCAGGAAGUAUGUCAGGAUAAGUGCCAGACUACAGGGCUCUCUUUUGUCACUGAAAGUCUCAGAGAGGAGAACACCAACCAGGAUAGCUCAUCCAGUGAAAGAAAACUUUGGAUCUGUAAGCAAAAAAGGGGAAACGUGACUUCAGGUGUGUUCAAAGACGACAAUGUCCUUCUUGUUGCCGGAGGAAUUGGAGGCUCUGCAUUCCCACACGUUCCGAGAGAAGACUUUCAAGAAGUCCAAGCACUGCUGCGUUUGCAAACAGGUCAUCGUCCACGAUGGACUCGUCUGUCGAGUGUGCCGAAUUCCUUGCCACAAGAAAUGCGAAGCAAAGGUGUCUUCAUCUUGUGUCCCGGCGACGAACUACGAGCUGGCGCCCACCAGUGACCUGCCUCUCAAACAUGUAGAUACAAUGGGCUCAACCAAAUCUUCCAAAAGCAUGGAAUCACGGCGCAGACCCUCCAGGAGUGUGAGUCUGCUGCAGUCUCUGGAAGAGAGCUAUGAGUUGGACCUGCUCUACAUCACCGAGAGGAUCAUCUCCGUUUCAUUCCCGAGCAGCGCUGAGGAGCCGAGCUACGCCGCUAACUUGCGCGAGGUUGCAUCCAUGCUGCGCUCAAAGCAUGGCCACAACUAUCUGCUCUUUAAUCUCAGCGAGAAACGUUAUGACAUCGGUGAACUACAUUCAAAGGUGUUGGACUUUGGCUGGCCGGACCAUCAUGCGCCAGCUCUGGAUAAGAUCUGCAGCAUCUGCAAGGCCAUGGACACGUGGUUGAGUGCAGACAGCCACAAUGUAGUGGUGAUACACAAUAAGGGCAACAGAGGCAGAACCGGAGUGGUGGUGGCUGCCUAUAUGCAUUACAGCAAUAUAUCCGCCAGUGCUGACCAGGCUCUGGAUAGGUUUGCUAUGAAGCGCUUCUAUGAAGACAAAGUACUUCCUGUGGGUCAGCCCUCUCAAAGAAGGUAUGUGGAGUACUUCAGCGGUUUGCUCAGCGGACACAUCAAGAUCAACAACAAACCCCUGUUUCUUCACCAUGUCAUCAUGCAUGGAAUCCCAAACUUUGAGUCCAAAGGAGGAUGCCGUCCCUUCCUCAAAAUAUACCAGGCCAUGCAGCCCGUCUACACAUCUGGCAUUUACAAUGUUCAAGGGGACAGUCAGACAAGUAUCUGCAUCACCAUUGAACCCGGUCUACUUCUGAAAGGAGACAUUCUGCUCAAGUGCUACCACAAGCGUUAUAGGGGUCCCUGCCGGGAUGUGAUAUUCCGGGUGCAGUUCCACACAUGCGCCGUUCACGAUUUAGGGGUCGUCUUUGGGAAAGACGAGCUCGAUGAGACAUUCAAAGAUGAGAGGUUUCCAGAAUAUGGGAAAGUGGAGUUUAUUUUUUCUUUUGGCCCAGAGAAAAUGUAUGGUCAAGGUAUGGAUCACCUAGAAAACGGGCCGAGCGUUUCUGUGGACUACAAUACGCAAGAUCCGUUGAUUCGCUGGGAUUCUUACGAGAACUUCAACCAGAAUAAUGAGGACACUACAGAAGACGUCAUCCAUACCCAAGGACCUCUGGACGGGAGUCUCUAUGCCAAAGUGCGCAAAAAAGAGUCUGUUGAUGGAACUGUCACAACCAAUGGAAUCCCUACUACUGCUAUUGAACAUGCCCUUCCUGUCAUUGACCACGCCUUGUCAGUGAGCAGUGACUCGGGAAACUCCACGGCGUCAAUUAAAACAGACAGAACCGAUGAAGUGGCAGCAGCCCAGUCAACCGUGAACCUGCCGAGUGUUCCAACUGUUGAGGAGGUACCCCAGGUCCACCAACACGAACAGCAGCCAAUCAGCCAGCAGGAGAAACAGGAGCUAGAACAGCUCUUGGGUGGGUUGGAAGGGCCUAUGCAUCGUCCGGGCUACCGCACCUCCCCGUCCUCUGCUGUUGGAGGGAUACUCCACCGGGUGCCUGCUCAAGUCCACGUAAACGGUCACCGUAGCAUUGAUCGAGAAACGGAUAUUUUAGAUGAUGAAUUACCGAGCAGUCAAAAAGCCAACAGCGUUGACAGUCUGGGGACAUUCUCCUCCACCGAUGGCCGAGCCACACCGGCGGAUCUCUAUUACCAGUCGGAAACCAUAAGCAAUGGCCAGGAUCACAUGCCGUACCUGGAGUGCAGUGUUGCAGAAAGUCCAGCGGAAACAAUGCAGUCACAAAUUUGCAUUACAGACAAACCUGUUACAGUGACUCGUAAUGAUUCAGUCCAAGCUCCUAACUUCAUGGCUACUCAGAAUCUACACCGUUCUCAGUCGCUUGGUAUGGAUACACAGUCUAUGCCCCCAGCUCCCACCCGGACCACCAGUAGCAGGGAUGCCGUCCAACGUGGUCUCAAUAUUUGGCAACGGUUUGGUGUACCUGAAGAGCCUGUAACUGAAGGACUGACUUUUGGGACACCCCCAUCUGCGAUAAGCAUGCCGGUUCACCAGAGUCUUCCACAGUUCCCUCAUCGCCACAGCACUUCACAGGAAGAGAUUGAAAAAUCAAUAGAGACGCUCAAUCUUCUCAUGUUGGACCUGGAGCCAAGCCGUUCUUUCAUACCAAAGUCGCAAAGUGCUCCUCUGAGGGAAACUGGAGUUGUCACCACACAACCGUCCUUUUCUCAGAACCAAAGCAGAGCCAUCUAUGAGGUGGAUUCUCCUCCACUGUCCACCAAGGUCCGCCAUCAGUCCUCUGUAAACUCUAGCACAGCAGAGUCUACCCCUGUGUUUGGAUUGAAGGCCACAAGUAGCAGUCCUUCGUCACCGGUUUCUACAAGUGGUCAGCCCCAGCUCAAGGCUAUCAACUCCUUCCAGACAAAACCUUUGUCGCAGUCCACUGAGGUCCUUGAGCUUCAAAGAAACCCUAGCUCAGGAUUAGCAUCACCCACUUCAAGGGAUUGUGAGCCCGAUGAGGUCUUCAACGUUGAAGGACUGGUGGCUCAAAGAGUUGCUGGUGUCCACUCCCGUGCAAUGUCUCUGGAUGAGCCAGCAGUCCUGUCCCGUGGGCGGAUCAUGAGUGACGGUCCAGAAGAUGCUCCUUCCUCUGAUGUCUCAGUCCGUUCCCCUGUUCGUUGUGUUUCCCCAGAGUUUGUCAACGCUAUUGCCAUGAACCCUGGUGGACGACCGAAGGAGAGACACAUGCACAGCUACCGGGAAGCCUUUGAGGAGAUCGAGGGUGGGCCCACCAGCCCAACCCCCACAGUUGGUGGUGAGGUGCUUCCCCAAACCCCUGCCUUCCCCACCUCGCCACAAACCCCUUACUUCAACCUGUGCCGUUCACCUCCGGGUCUUGCCAAGACUCCACUCUCAGCACUGGGGUUAAAACCCCACAACCCUGCGGAACUCUUGCUCAAUCAAACAGGCUCAGCACCCAGAAGCUACGUGGAGUCCGUUGCAAGGUCAGCUGUCCCAGCUGGAGAACAACCCUCACCCCCGCAAAGCCUGAGUCCUGCAGGAGACACGACAGAGCAACAGAAAAGUCCAAGUCCCGUUUCCCAUGCCCUGAACUCCCCGUUGUCGAGUAGUAGCCCCAUCCAGAGCUCACCAGGGGAUGAUCCAGCCUUAGCAGAGAGCAAUUUCAGCACUCCGUCCCAACCCACUACUGAUUCAAGUUUGCACACUCAGUCAGCAGUGAGCACAUAUUCCAAUCCAACUCUUCCAUACCCAGCUUCCACUUCUCCUGCUGCCUCUCAUUUCGAUUCCAUUUCUGCAACAUCUUCCUACCUCGGCGUCACAACUCCAACAGUUUCCAGUCUUGGCCAUAACACACAGACGAGGAGUCAAGUGACCUCAGAUUCUAUCCAACCUGCUUAUGUGGAACCCUCCAAGACUGUAGUCGGCCAUGGAAGCCCCCAACUGCAGCACCGAGCAUGUAUCAUGACCUCCACUGACAGCCCCGUGUUUGAGAAGCACCCAAAUGCUUAUCAGGAAAGUUCCAUCAUGGGUCAGAAGGCAUCACCGGUAAAUGGCUUUGAAACAAAUAUACUGGGGUUCAGUGGCAGUUCUAUCCUAGGACACCAUCAGUCACAGGGAAAUCAGAGUAGCCAAGUACUCAUCCGACAGGCCUCUACGGGACAAGAGUCUAAACGAAGCCCGAUCCUAAGCAGGCAGGCGUCCUUCGGACAAACCAUGCCAAGCAGUCCCGUGAUCAGCAGACACCCUUCUAUUUCCCAAUCCCGUGGAAGUCCAGUGUUAGGCCGCCACCCAUCACUGUCGCAGGUGUCUCAAAGGAGCCCGAGUUUAGACCGACACCCCAUGCACAGUGGCUAUACCACGCCAGAUGAGCGGCACGGUAACCUUUCCAGACAGAGUAGUUCUUCGGGAUACCAGGGACCGCCUACACCCUCCUUCCCGGUUUCUCCUGCUGUUUACCAGGAUCCAGGAAUGGUUGGGACGGGUGUGGGAUUUCGACAGGGCAGUGCAACGCCUAGUUUUCAACCUCAGCUUCCAGAAAAGAGGCGCAUGUCGAGUGGCGACAGACCAAAUGCAAUGUCAUACAGCUCAUUGAACGGAAAGAUCAUAUCACCUGUGAAUGGAGGAAGCAAUCCCAGCUACUUCCACACGCUGUCGGACUUCUCACGCUUCAACAUGCCUGAUGGCGGUCCUGAAAGUAGACUGAACGUAAAGUUUGUCCAAGAUACAUCAAAAUUCUGGUAUAAACCUGAAAUAUCCAGAGAGCAAGCUAUCAGCGUGUUGAAAGAACGAGAACCUGGAGCCUUCGUUAUCCGGGAUAGCCACUCAUUCAAGGGGGCUUAUGGCUUGGCUAUGAAGGUAGCCUCGCCACCACCUACAGUGCAUCAAAACAAGAAAGGGGAUAUCACCAAUGAGUUGGUGAGGCAUUUCCUAAUAGAGAGCAGUCCUAAAGGAGUGAAACUGAAGGGUUGUCCAAACGAGCCAUACUUUGGCUGCCUGUCUGCUUUGGUCUACCAACAUGCCAUCACACCUCUGGCCCUGCCCUGCAAACUCGUUAUUCCUACCACAGAUCUUCUCGAGGAAGAGCCAGAAGUUGUAAAAACAAAUCCACUGACUGACAGACUAAAACAAGGAGCAGUGCAGAGGGCCCCCGCUGAGUCCCAUGCGUGCAACGUGCUGUACAUAAACUCGGUGGAUAUGGAGUCGCUGACGGGCCCCCAGGCUAUUGCAAAGGCCAUAUCUGAGACCAUGGCAUCUGCUGUUUCUCCAUCUACUGCCACCGUAGUGCACUUCAAGGUGUCCUCGCAAGGCAUCACACUGACAGACAACCAGAGGAAGCUUUUUUUCCGACGCCACUACCCCUGCAACACAGUCACAUUCUGUGAUAUUGACCCUCAGGACAGAAAGUGGAACAAGCCAGAGGGAGGCACAGCCAAGUUGUUCGGUUUUGUGGCGCGUAAACAGGGAAGCACGACAGACAACGUGAGCCACCUCUUUGCAGAGAUGGACCCAGAUCAGCCUGCUAGCGCCAUCGUCAAUUUUGUCACCAGGAUGGUUACUUUACAAAAGCGAUGAGCGUCUUCAAGCAAACCCUGGCACUUUUUCCUCCCCUCUUCCCCUAUCAAUGCCUUUGGUUAUUUUCAUGCCCUUCUUUGAAUGAUGGACACUCCCAUCACUUGGACACUUUGUGUUGCUUCUUGGCAUGUAAGCAUAUUUUUGUGGCUGUGUGUAUGUAUGAAUGAGUGUGUGCAUGUUGCUUGUGCCUUUCUUUGCGGACGGACUCCAGAGUGGACCUGAGGAAGUGCAGAAAGGGGGCGUAGCUGGAUGGAACAAUGAGGCAGGAGGCAAAAUGAUCUCCCAUUUGGAUGGCGUGAGUGAGUGCAAAGUGUUUAUUUGUAGUUUUGAAUUGAGACCCAGACUUGACUUUGCAGAGGGAAAAAACAACUGUGGCAAAACUAUAUAAAAGUAAUAGGAUUAGGAUAAGAUGAUAGAUAGCAACUUGUGUUUUCCGAUGAAAGGCCUUUUCAUGCUACACUUUGAAACGCACUGCGCACCGCUAAUAAACCCAUUUAUUUUGUAUAUGGCGGAAAACACAACAAGACUGAAAAAGCAGUUUCUGCUCUUGCACUUCUCUUUAAAAAAACUGCUGUAUUUUAAGCCAAAACAACUGUUGUGUUUGAUAGAACAAUAUGUCUAUAUGCUGCCAUUGCAGAUUCAUGGCGCAUUAAGCCCCCAACUAUUUUUAGUUUGCCCGUUUUACCCUGGAAACCCUCGUUUACAGAGGUCGUUCAACCCAGCCAUGAAAACAAGGUAAUUACCGUAUUGGCCCGAAUAUAAGACGGCCCUGAUUAUAAUACGACGCUCUCUCUUUCAAGACUCAAGUUUGAACACCAAAUUAAUUUCUAUACAGAAAAUAAUUACAGUACAUCCGUAACAAAUGAUUAUAACAAUAUAUUUGAAAGAAAAAGCAUGUUAUUUUACCUUAUUAAUAUCUGAACAUUUAAAUGUGUAAACUAAAGUGGCUAAAGUGGCUUCUGGUUUUUGAAAUGUAAAUAAACCAAUCUAUUGUGAUAAAACAACAAAAUUGCAAUAACUGGAUUGACCAUCAAAGUGAAGUCUAACUGUAGUCUUGAAACAAAUCUGAAUAAGGAAACACAAUGCAAUAAAAUAACGCAAACUGGUUAAACUAAAAAGAGUAGCUGAGAGCUGUCAUGACAGAACAUCGCUUCAAAGAUAUCUGGCGCCAUAUAUCGUCGUGAAUAGGGUGAGUAGCUGAGAUCUGUCAUGACAGAACAUCGCUUCAAUGAUAUCUGGCGCCAUCUAGCAUUGAAAAUGUGUAUAAUGUCUAGACCGCGAAUAUAGGACGACCCCCUCUUUUUCAGUGUUAUUUCAAUGCAAAAAACACUCUUACAGUCUUAUAUUGGGGCCAAUACGGUAAACUUGUUAUUCAAAAUGUCAUUUUUAGCUUUGAAUCAUUAAUUGAUGUCUAAUAUAUUGUUGAAAAAAGAAAAAAGACUUUAAAAAAUUAUUCACUUGCAUAUUUUAAACUUUUGAACAAAUUACAUCACAAUGAAAAAAAUGGCGUCUGUAAAAAAGUCACGGAUAUCUACCUCGUAACUAUCGCUAAAGUGUAUUUUUUUGUUACUGAAAAAUGGGGGGGAAAAAAACUUUUAAAAGGGUAAAUAUAUGAAAAAGAAAAUCUCGACCACUCCUUGAUGUCUGCGAUUUCUGCCUCGCGACCCUUGUUAUAUGACCAUGUUUCACCCAUAAAAUCCCCCAAAAAUCCAACUGUGGCCAUUCACAUCUGUGUCUUGACACUCAGUGGUACAUGCGACAUGGAGUUUUUGGAUUGAAACAAGGUAAGUACGCGAUAAUAUCUCAUUAAAAUCCUGGCGUCUGUAAUUCUGCUCUCGCGUGCUCUCACCUCCAGAUAAGGUUUUGCUGUUUAAAAUACUUUUUUUUUUUUUUUUUUAAAUGCCCUCCUGUCCAAAAUUUUUCCUAACCCAAAAAAUUGAGAUUUUAAGCUUUCCAAUGAUGUAUCACACAUGCAUAUCAGACAAUUUUGAAAUUUGGCCAAAUUUGGGGUCUCAGAGCAGAACUUCAAGUCACCUGAAUGUUUUCCGCCACACACUUGGCUUGCGCUAGUGUAAAAAGAUAUACUAUACUAUAAUAAAGAACCAGGCUAGUGCUUGUCUAUGCUACGCUAUGCUAAGUGAAAGCGCAUUUUGCCAUUCUAUGUUAAUAGCCACAACUUAUUUUUCUCCUCCAAAGUCAUGACUGGGGCUCUGUGGUUUUGUUUAUAUACAAGAAGAUAAAAAGUCAAGUUGUGUGACCUUGGUGGAUUGUAAAUCUUCACUUUUUGAGGAGUUAACCAAAGACAGUUUUUGUAAAACAUAAACAAAAAAGUCGUCAGGGCUUGCAUGGCGGGAGAGACGUUUGAAAGUUUUCUUUUGUAAAAACAAAUAUGGCUGCUGGUUUGUUUCAUUGUGUAUGUACUGAUACUGUAGGUCAAUGAUGCAACAUUGACGGCUCACGAAAACGACAUUACAGGGGUUUUUUCAUUAUUAUUAUUAUUAUUUUUAAACAGCCUGUUAUGUGCUGUAUGUAAAUAUUUUGCCUUCAUGGGUAGGACUGUUAGAUGACUUGGUGCCUGACUUUCUUUUAUAAAACGGCUUUUAUAUGGAAAAAAAAAAGAAACAAGGAAAAACAGAACAUUCAACUAGGCUUUCUUAAUCCUCCUGUGAUCUAAUUGCUAGCAAAAUCUAGGAGAAAAACUAGUUAUUCCGCUGGCCUCGUUUUUCCAUUUUGUUUUUAAUUUUUUUAAUAUUUCAAAAAAUUAAUUAGCAUUACGCUAUGUGAUAUUUUUUGAUUCAUAAACGAGCGGGUCAUAUUGACCCAUUUAGUUUUAUCAGUCGGAAACAAACACAGCAGGGGUGGUUAACUAUCCUAAACGAAUGUGCAAAAUUCCAAUCUUAAGAAUUCUGACCUGUUAAUAAAAGUUUUUUCAAGCGCAGCCACUCAAAAAUCAAAAUACAGGUAGUCCCCGACUUACGCGAUUUCAACUUUACGAUGCCCCCGUCGCUUCAUUUUUUGAAGUAUUACGCAUGCGCACUAAUUCGCAGUCUGAGACGCGCAGAGCAAACUGACCCGAAUGCGCAGAAGCAUCAAAACAAAGAACCACGCACUGUGCGUGCAUGACGUGAGUCAGUUUGCUCCGACUCAGCCAUGUAAGCAAUACUGAAAUAUUGCUCAUUUGGCGCACAAUAAGAAACCAAGCAUUAUCAGGCUUAUCCUUUUCUUCAUUUUAGUUUUUUAUGACUGUAGUCAAGCCGGCCUCCUGCGUAGUAAAAGCCGAGUUCACGCAAGGCGCUAACGCUAAUGAAUAGCUACAUCGCUGCCGUCUUGCGUGCUGCUCUCGCUGACGUAAUUGCUGCAGGAAUUCCGAUUUGGGAGACCUUACAGUUUAGACCGCCGCCACAGUCUGUAAAAAUGUGGCCCAGAUCGAAUUUAAACCACAUACGAAAGUGACCGAGAUCGGAUUUGAAAUGGUCCACUUUUAUGCGACUUGUCCUGUUCAGACCGUCAAGUUAAUGCCUCACUUGAGUUGGAAAAACACGAAAAAAUUGGAUGCGUGCAUUUAGACCUGCGGUCUGAGGGGCCGUUUAUAUGGUGGCUCUCCGAGAAGACGAAAAAUUUCAUGUUUGCAUUUAUUUGGGCCGUCUCCAUUCGAAAAAUGUCUCAAUUCCGCAUGAAAACGAUGUAGUAUUCAUGCCAGGCCCUAGGGGGCAGUGCAGAUUUGCAAGGCGACAGCGAAUGAUGCACUUUGACCCCACCAAAGUUCCUCAGCCCGGGAAAAAAUAUGCCCGCCCACUCGAAGCGAUGGCAUUUUCUUUUGUUCAAAAGGGCACAAAAAUGGAAACAUUCAACAUAUUUAGAUUAAAAAUAUUAUUAAAACAGUAACUUAAAGCCGACAGUCCGCCAUAUUUGCUGUUUUUAAUGUUUAGUAGCACCGCUGCGCACGCCCAAUGUGACGUUUACGAGUGCUGACUUUAUCGGCGCGGUGUCGCGCCACGGGAGCCUUUGAUAUGCAUGCGGAGCUAGGCCCCCUCAAUCCCCCACAAUCGAAAUCUUCCACUUUGGAAGCAGGAUUCAGAAUUUUCCGUCUUCGCCGACACCAAAUGCACGCGAGGCCACUCCGCAACACAGUCAUUGCGUCUUCGUGUCGCAGAGUCGCCAUGUAAACUGUCCCUGAACCUAGCCUAUGUACGCAGGAAGCGUAGAACAGGAAGCGACUGCAUGUACAUAGGCGCCGGCCCACCCCACACACACGUCACGCACACACAUAGCAGCCGAGUGACAGAGGAGACAGCCUCCGCGCACAUUUGUUGCUUGUGAAGCAUCCAGAGGCGACGGCUGUAUAACCCCUUUUGAGCUGUUCAUUGUUCGUUUUCAAUUGUGGUCGAAUACUUAGGAGGAGUUUAUCUGAUUGUUUUUGAUGAUGUGCGAACGCUAACUGAUACAUGCUAAUCAUUUUUUUAUUGCUUUAUCAGAAGCUACGUGUAAACACAAAUUUAAAUUGCUGUUAUUGAAGAUGAGACUGAUUUUAUUUUAGUUUCAUUCUGCAAGUGUUGAUGUCAUGAGCAGCUGAAUAAAGUCAGCAAACCACACGGACGUCUGACAUCGUCAUUUCGGAGUUUAGCUCACUGUCUAGCUAGGAUUUAGUCCAAACGUCUUGGCGAGGACAGUCCAAUGACGUAUAAUACAUGUUUAUGGAUAUAUAUUAGGGCUGUCAAAUUGCGUUAACGGGUGGUAAUUAAUUUUUCAAAUUACGUUAAAAUAUUUGACACAGUUAACGCAUGUACGGAAUGACCUGUUCAUGCGUUGCCUCAAACAGCUUACAAAGACGCCGUUUUAGCACAUAGCACAUAGACCGAAAAGGCAGAGAAAUGCAAGUGGACACAGGCGUUCAUUAGACUGCCCCUUUUAUUGGUUUAAGCUUUAGCAGCCACUACUAACAGUCAUGGUUGCCCAACUUCCCAUCAUGCAUUUGGGCGGAGCAAGAGGCGAUCUCUUCCUUAUCACGCUUAAUUGAAAACAACGCAGAACAUAUUGUAUACUAUUUGCAUCCACUACUGACAGUCAUGGUUGCCCAACUUCCCAUCAUGCAUUUGGGCGGAGCAGGAAAUGAUUUUUUUUUAACACGACUAAUUGAACACAACGCAGAACAUACUGUAUACCAUUUGCAGCCACCACUGACAGUCAUGGUUGCCCAACUUCCCAUCAUUCAUUUGGGCGGAACAGUUAAGUCGUCACAGUAUCAUUUAGUGAAAGCACAACAAAAAUAAUAUUCCCAUCUUUCAAAAAAAAAAAUAAUGGUCACAAAAAGAAAAACGCUCAAUGCAAAGAGAACUGGCAUUCCCAAUCAAAAUUACAAUAUUACUAUAACUUAUACUCAAAUUUAUCUUAUAAGAACUACAAGUCUUUCAAUACUAUGGAUCUCUUUAACAGAAAUAAUGUUAAUAAUGUUAAUGCCAUCGUGUUGAUUUAUUGUUAUAAUAAACAUGUUGAAUGUUUAUGUCCUUCUCUUUCCAUUCCAACAAUAAUUUACAGGAAAAUAUUGCAUAUUUUAGCGAUGGUUUGAAUUGCGAUUAAUUAAUUUUUAAGCUGUGAUUAACUCGGUUAAAAUUUUUUUUAUCGUUUUGCAACCCUAAUAUAAUAUAUAUAUAUAUAUAUAUAUAUAUAUAUUUUUUUUUUUUUUUCUCGAGGGUGUUUUGAGGUAUUUGAAAGUUUCAGACUUACGCGGAAAUCCGGGUUACAUCGCCAGCGCAGGAACGGAAGUCGUUCGUAAACCAGGGACUACCUGUCAGGCAAAAAUGCAAUUUCUUACCCAGAGUGCAAAAAAAAGUGUAUCUUUUGUGCGUAAGCGGCUUUAUAGACAAGCACUGUGCCAUUACACUGUUUUCUUUUUUGAAUUGUUGUUUUAUAGUGCUCACCAGCUGGCCAAAACUAUACAUUCACACGCUACUCAAAAGUAAGCUAAGUAAAUAUAUAAAUAUACAUAUACAGAUAUAAAUAUAUAAGGAACCUUCCGAUGAAGAUAUUUAUUUUUUGUUGCUUUUUUUGCUCUCUUGUAGACUUGUAUUAUGUAAAAAGUUAUGCAAAUAGAUGACAAACCAGAACGGAAUGCGUUGUAUAGUGCAUUCUCAUAUAGGGUGUAAGUGAGUGUAUCACUGAUUUAUUUUAGUCUUGUUUAUCCUCAUCAAAUAAUCCUGUUUGAGAUGCUUUGUGAGUCCAAAAUUAGAGCUAUUGUAAAGAAAAAUCUGUUGCCCAAGUCGAGCACUUAACUGUAGGUGGAAAUGGUUGAAUUUUUUGAGAAUAUGGACAUAAAUGCUGUUCUGGUGAUUCCCAACCACUUCAUGAAAUUAAAUUUUCACCCAUGUAUUUUGUCCAUCUUUCACUUAAAUGGUCCUUCAAUUUUAUUUAAUACAAAUAAUUUGUUGGUAACAGUGAUUUGAAAACCGAUUCAAUUCUCUUCCACUAGAUGGCAGAAUAAAUUAACCUGAGAAUCCACUUAUUUGCAUUUCAUUUAACGGGGCUACAUUUCACCAAUAGUCAGCACAGUUGUGAUUACUCCAGCAUAAUAUAUACUUGUUGAGACAUUUUUAUUUGUUAGGUGAUGUCUCAUGUCAUUGUUGCAAAGUAAAAAAUUGUGCCUUGCAAUAAAUGUUGGGAACCACUAGUCUAGGCAGUCGUUGCCCUCUUGUGGUAGACAGUGAUUAGUACAAAAAAUGACUUUAAAAUUGAAUACAGUGUUUGAAAUAAGUCUGAAACUAGAGAACGUAAAAGGAAAACAAAACAAAUAACACAUUCCUUAUGUUUGUUUCCUGCAUUUGCAUUUUGAAAUGAAAACUCAAUUCAAUGCAUGUUAGAUUCAAGGCUGACACUGAAUCAUGAAUAUAAAUUUAGGACGUGAAAUUCUCCAAAAUAAACACAUAAAUGCAUAAAUAAAAGGAGAGAGAAAAUACAGCAAUUAAAUUUGACAUUUCAUACAAUGACAGCUGUAUUUACUAAAAAAAAAAAAAAAAAAAAAAGCCUGCAUGCAAGGUGUUGCUACGAAAUUACACUAUCAUGAUGGAAAAAAACAUAGAGGAAAUGCUUUUAAGUGCAUGCUGCAGAAAUAAAAGGAGUGGACUGGACUAGACAGAAUGUAUGCCGUGCCGUUCCUUUGCCCGAAUGAAGACCCUCAUCCACUCAAACCUUCAAAUCUUUCCACAUUGGACUGCAGAGAAUGUGUUGCUGAGUUACGAUGUUUGUAUAGAUCGUGUUGUCAUAUUUGGUUUGCUACAUUGUAAUGUAUGGCUUUUACUAUUCCUGAUGGAGAAAAUAAAACCAGUUCUAAUGA